AUGCAACAAAUCGUCGGCAAAGCAAUGUUGGAACACCUCGAUACACUACGCAGAGUACCUGACACCGCACAGUGCGUCAGCUUCGCAUUGAACGGAAACGUUGACGGUCUGAAAUAUCUCUUCAGUAGAGGAUUGGCUUCUCCCAAUGAUGUCAGCACCAGUCGCGGGUAUUCCGUUCUUCGGUGGGCCCUCUAUGGCAAACAAUACGAAACAUGCGAAUUCUUGAUUCAUGCAGGUGCAGACGCCGACUACAGGCCAAUCUCUGCGAGUGACAAUAGUCCAAGAAAUAAAGCAUGCCAUUUUCUUCUUGAAGGAGGAAUUUCCGAGGCCGCUGUUGGUGCCCUCCGCAUCAUCGCCAAAAACAGUUAUCUAGAAGAUUUCAUAGACGAAGCAAGAUAUACGAGAACUCAUAAGAUUGUUCUCGGUUUAUUGAUGUUGAGCCUCGAGGAUGAGAUAAAUCACAGUCCGCAGGAUAUCAACGCCGUCGAUGCCAUGGGUCGCACUGCGUUAGCCUGGGCAGCCGCUCGAGGGGAUACGCGAGCCAUUGUCACGCUCCUUAGUCACGGCGCCGAUCCGAACAUCGUCGAUAUCCAAUUGUCCGGUCCUCUCUCAAAUGCUGCUUCUCAAGGGCACACACUCGCCGUUCGCCUACUUCUAGAGGCGGGGGCACGUCCAGACUUGUGUCACCCCAGUGGUGAAAGGAAAGGCAGUCCACUCAAUUGCGCUACCCGAAACGCCACCGAUACUUUGCUUCUGAAGUCUCUGCUUGAUUUUGGCGCAGAUGUAAAUUCAAGUGGGAAUGACGGGAAAACCAGCCUAAUUCAUGCGGCAAGGAUUGAUAAUGCUGGGCAUGCCAUGCUUUUAUUGGAAUGCGGCGCCAACAUCAACUCAGUGUCAGGUGACGGAUCAACUCCCUUGACCACUGCAAUUAUCUACAACAGUCAUCAUGUCCUACGAUUGCUCCUUGGUCGAUGGCACGAGUACUCGAUUUGCCCCCGCAUGAAGGGCCCCAACCUUCUCCAGAUCGCAGCAUUAUAUGCUGAUCCUGCCACGCUCCAAAUUCUCGCGGCGACGGAUUAUUUCCGAAGGAAGUACGAUAAACAAUAUACGCUUGGCGAUUUUGGGAAUCACCUAAAGCAGCGUCCGGAUUUUACGGAAAAAUUGGCACUGGCUUUUGAUGAACUACUAAGUGUUGUUAACCAAGUGCCAGAGCUGAGAAAGGAAGGCUAUCCAGCAUUUGCUGACUCUGGAUUCCUGUCUUGCUGCCCGUCUCAAUCUAAUUCAGGCUUCGAUGAGUUUCAAGAUCCGGAGAGUGCUUGCAGCUCGGAUGGGAGCUUCCAUGAUGCCAUUGAAAAGCAUUCACUGACUACGGAGGGUUUUGUUACCAUAGAAUGA